CGUGGCAGCCAGCACCAGCCAUGGCUCACACUGGCAUCCAAUGGCAACACACCGUUUGAUUCCCCCGUAUCCCGGCAUCCGGAUAACGCUGGAUAAGAGGCGCGGCUCCUCAUUGGCCACACCCAUCCCCGGCGGCGUCCCGCCCGUCCGAUCCUGGCGCGCGGCCGAUCGCCGCCGUCCGGAGCAGCCGGCGCCUCCUGGCCACAACCGCCGGGGAGCCCCGGCCCGGCAGUACCCUUAAUACAAACCAGGCUGCUCCUGCCGGCUGGCUAAAACGAACGUGCUCUCUUCCCCCUCUGCCACUCCACCCCGGGAAAGCUGCGAAGCAUGGCGUCCGUCACCGCCCGCGCCCCGGUCGCGGCCCUGCGCCCGUCGUCGGCGUCGCUCAGGUCGUCGUCGGCCUUCCUCGGCCACUCCAGCCGCCUCGGCCGCGCCGCCGCGGCGUCGUCGACGAGGCGCAGCCUCAAGGCCGAGGCCAAGGGCGAGUGGCUCCCCGGCCUCCCCUCACCCGCCUACCUCGACGGCAGCCUGCCGGGCGACAAUGGGUUCGACCCGCUGGGCCUGGCGGAGGACCCGGAGAACCUGCGGUGGUUCGUGCAGGCGGAGCUGGUGAACGGGCGGUGGGCGAUGCUGGGCGUGGCCGGGAUGCUGAUCCCGGAGGUGCUGACCAAGGCUGGGCUCAUCAACGCGCCGCAGUGGUACGACGCCGGCAAGUCGGAGUACUUCGCGUCGUCGUCCACGCUGUUCGUCAUCGAGUUCAUCCUCUUCCACUACGUCGAGAUCCGGCGGUGGCAGGACAUCAAGAACCCCGGCAGCGUCAACCAGGACCCCAUCUUCAAGAGCUACAGCCUGCCGCCCCACGAGUGCGGCUACCCCGGCAGCGUCUUCAACCCCCUCAACUUCGCCCCCACGCUCGAGGCCAAGGAGAAGGAGCUCGCCAACGGGAGGCUGGCGAUGCUGGCGUUCCUGGCGUUCCUGAUCCAGCACAACGUCACCGGCAAGGGGCCCUUCGACAACCUGCUGCAGCACCUGUCCGACCCAUGGCACAACACCAUCAUCCAAAACAUCUCCGGUUGAGUCGAUGACGGAGAGCGAUCGUCAAUUUGGCGGUGGUGCUAGCUGAUGGGGAUCGAUUGGGAGACAAACAUUGAGACGCGGUCGAGUCGAUCGAUGUGAGUUCCUUCCUGUGGAUCGAUCAUCAGUAUGUGAUGUGUGCAGUGUUCAGUCUGGAGAGGAGAAUUCAGGGCGUGUUGUAAUGAUGUGUACGCAUGGUGAGGAGGAGAGUGUGAGGAGUGAUUGGUAUGUACAUUAAUGACAGGGGAGGUUAAGGGUAGAGAUUGUUUGAUCAGUAUAUAUCCGUUCUGUGCCUUUUAUUA